AUGACUGAAAAGAGAUUCAGCUGCAAAUACAGUCUGAAAAAAUACCACAUUACAACAUACCGGAAAAGAUAUAAAUGUUUGGAGCAUGGAAAGAGCUUCCACUGGAGUAGUGAACUUACUGCACAUCGAAAGGCUCACAGAAGGGAGAAGCCAUAUAAAUGCUGGAAGUGUGGAAAUUGCUUUUCUCAGAAUGGCCACCUAAUGGCGCAUCCAAGGAUUCACACAGAGGAGAAGCCUACAUUAACUGCACAUCAAAGGAUUCACACAAGGGGAAAGCCCUAUAAAUGUUUGGAGUGUGGAAAGAGAUUUUCUCAGAGUAGCAACCUAACUAGGCAUCAAAGGGUUCACACUGUGGAAAAGCCAUAUAAAUGCUUGGAAUGUGGAAAAAACUUUUCUCAGAAUGGCCACCUAAUGGCGCAUCAAAGGAUUCACACAGGAGUCACAUGGGAAAAACCCUAUAAAUGCUUGGAGUGUGGAAAUAGCUUUUCUAACAGUAGCAACCUAACGAAACAUCAAAGGAUUCACACUGCAGAAAAGCCAUAUAACUGCUUGAAAUGUGGAAAGAGCUUUUCUCAGAAUGGCCGCCUAAUGGUGCAUCGAAGGAUUCACACAGGCGAGAAGCCAUAUAAAUGCUUGGAGUGUGGAAAAAACUUUUCACAGAAUGGUACGCUAACUGCACAUCAAAGGAUUCACACAAGGGAAAGGCCCUAUAAAUGCUUGGAGUGUGGAAAGAGCUUUUCUCACAAUGGAAACUUAAUUGCACAUCAAAGUAUUCACACUGCAGAAAAGCCAUAUAAAUGCUUGGAAUAUGGAAAGAGCUUUUCUCAGCAUGGCUACCUAACUACGCAUGAAAAGAUUCACACAGGAGAGAAGUCAUAUAAAUCAUAG